GGUUACCGGAAGGGAAGGGGUGGAGGAAAAACGUGCACUCUGGCACCAUGUCGCGGUCGAAGUCAGCCAUAGUCCUGUGUAUGGAUGUUGGCUCUUCAAUGAGUAACAUUGUUCCUGGAGAAGAGUCUCCUUUUGACCAAGCAAAGAAAGUGAUGACCCUGUUUGUGCAACGACAGGUGUUUGCUGAGAGUAAAGAUGAAAUUUCCUUGGUUUUAUUUGGCACAGAUGGCACUGAAAACUCUCUAGCCAGUGAGGAUCAGUAUCAGCAUAUUACUGUACGCAGACACCUGUUUCUGCCAGAUUUUGAUUUGUUGGAAGACAUACAAAAUUUGAUUCAGCCAGGCUCUGGACAAGGAGACAUUCUUGAUGCUCUUAUUGUGUGCAUGGACUUGCUUCAAAAGGAAACAAUAGGGAAAAAGUAUGACAAACGGCACAUAGAGGUUUUUACUGACCUUAGCAGUCCCUUCAGUGAGGAUCAGCUGGACAUUAUUGUGAAUAACCUGAAGAAAACUGGAAUUUCACUGCAGUUUUUCUUGCCAUUUCCAGUGAACAGCAAAGAUGGAAGUGGGGAUGCAAAUGAUGAGGCACAUUCCAGUAGGCAUCAGAAUUCUUUUCCCAGGAAGGGUCUAACUGAGCAGCAAAAAGAAGGCCUUCUAAUGGUGAAGAGGCUCAUGUUUGCAUUAGACAAAGAAGAUGGUCUAGAGGACAUUUAUACUUUCAGGGAUAGUCAGGAGCGCCUUUCAAUGUUUAAGAAGAUUGAACUGAGGUCGAUGGCUUGGCCCUGCCAGCUCACCAUUGGUUCUAAACUGUCUAUAAGGAUCAUAGCCUAUAAAUCAAUCACUGAGGAGAAAGUGAAGAAAAGCUGGAUGGUGGUAGAUGCCAAGACACUAAAAAAAGAGGAUGUGCAAAAAGAAACUGUUCACUGCUUGAAUGAUGAUGAUGAAACAGAAGUUCAGAAAGACGAUAUUAUUCAAGGGUUCCGCUAUGGGAGUGAUAUCAUUCCUUUCUCUAAAAUUGAUGAGGAACAGAUGAAAUAUAAAACAGAUGGAAAAUGUUUUGCUGUCUUGGGAUUCAGCAGAUCCUCUCAGAUCCUGAGACAUCACUACAUGGGGAACCAGGUUCUGAAAGUAUUUGCCGCUAAGGAUGAUGAGGCUGCUGCAGUUGCUUUUUCUGCCCUGAUUCAUGCUUUGGACGAGCUGGAUACGGUGGCCAUAGUGCGUUAUGUCUACGAUAGAAGAUCUAAUCCCCAGGUUGGGGUUGCUUUUCCAUUAAUUAAGGAUCAAUAUGAGUGUUUAGUAUAUGUGCAGUUUCCUUACAUGGAAGAUCUGAGGCAGUACAUGUUUUCCUCCUUGAAAAAUAACAAAAAAUGCACUCCAACAGAGGACCAGUUGUGUGCAGUUGACUCCCUGAUUGAUUCUAUGAACUUGGUUUAUGAAGAUGAGAGAGAAGAGGCAAUGGAGGAUAUAUUUAAAACCAGCAAGCUCCCAAACCCUCAAUUCCAACGAUUGUUCCAGUGCCUGCACCACAAGGCCUUUCAUCCUGAUGCACCUCUGCCUCCUAUUGAAAAGUACCUCAAAGACAUGCUGGAGACACCUCAAGAAGUGAUGGAGAAAUGCCAGGCCCCUCUUCAAAAACUGAAAUCACUCUUCCCCUUGAAGGAUGUGGGCAAAAUAAAAGAGCAAAAGACAGCUCAGAGUAUCUUCAAAAGUGAAGAUGGGCCCGAUGCAAAAAAGGCAAAAAUUGAAGAUGAUGAAGGUGACUUCAACAUUGGGAACCUUGCAGAAGGCAACAUCACAUCAGUGGGAAGUGUUAAUCCAACAGAAAACUUCAGAGUUCUGGUGAGGCAGAAGAAUGCUAACUUCCAGGAAGUCAGUCAACAGCUGAUAAACCACAUCUACCAGUUUUUGGAAAACAGAGAGCUGUACUAUAUGAAGACCAUCAGUUGCAUAAAAGUUUUCAGAGAGGAAGCUGUUAAGCUGUCACAAGUGCAGCACUUUAACGAUUUUCUAGAAGCCUUGAAAAAAAGGGUGGAAGAUAAAAACUUAACUGAUUUCUGGGAGAUCAUAAUACAAGAUGACAUCUCCUUGAUUACCAACGAAGAAGCUGAAGGAAGUUCUGUGACAGUGGAAGAUGCCAAAAAGUUCCUUGCUCCCAAAGAAAAGUCCAUGGAAAUUUCACCAGUGGCAGAUGAAGGUGGCGAUGUUGAUGAUCUUUUGGACAUGAUAUAAGUGGAUUAGCAGUAUCUAACAAUCUGUGGAUCAGAAGAUGUCCCUGGAUUUCAACAUAAAGAUCAACAUAAAGAGUUCAUUGGUGUGAAAUUGUUAUAACUUGCUAUGCAAAUAUGUGGGAGUGUGUUUCUUGGCUUGCAUAAAGCCAUAGUGUAUGUUUAUUGCCACUAUAAAGGCAGGUGACCCGGGUAAAUUUUUGCCUAUGCUCACAUAUAGGUAUUCUGUCCUUUCCAAUUUGAGCCUGCUAAACACAUCACAAAUCAGUCAUUAUAUUCAAGGUUUGUUGCCAAAAUGUAGAAUUGACAGUUACAGAAUAGCUAGACCUUCACUCAAAAGAUGGGCCAUACUUCUAAAAAUGUAGUAGCUGCUGCUAUAACUCCAGAGUAGGUCCCAUCAUUGAAUCUCUUCUGUUAGCUGUCUGAAGCAGGAGGUCUUCCUUGUUGUCGUUCAGCAUGUAAAAAAAGAUGGGGCGAGAGCAGGUAAAGUACUGGCGAAGAUGGGGUGCGACAAUGGCUGCCCCCUUUCCCAUUGCCUGGGAACAUUUGCAGUUGGUAAGCAUAGCCUUUAGUGUGAAUCUGGCAGUCCUCCUCUAGAGUAGUUUGAAGCAAUUGACUAUAAAUUCCAGUAACUUUUGCCCUCCUUCGGUUGUUUUUGGAAAGCUUCCUUUUAUAUUUUUCUACGGUCUCUUAUCUUCAGCUCUUUUUCUAAUCUUUUUUUUCUCAUGUAACUUGAAUGUGUUGGGGUCUUCCUGUAUGUCAGCAUCAUUAAUACAGAGUUUGUACACACUGACACAUGCUGAAUAAUGUGUUUAUAGUUCAUAAUGUUACUGUAGGAAAAACUAAAAUGCUAAACAUUAAUAAACACUGAAAUAUAUAGCAGGAA